UUAAGCAUUUUUCCUGGAAAGAGUUUGCAGAUUGUUUGAACUUCUCUGGCCGCACAAGACAGAAGGGAAGCCUGAAGCACCAUAGGGACCUACAGCGUCUGCAGCAUGGGCUGCUUCACUAAGAUUGUCUGUCUUUUCUGGGGAGUAUUACUUACAGCAAGAGCAAACUAUCAAAAUGGGAAGAACAACGUGCCAAGGCUGAAAUUAUCCUACAAAGAAAUGUUGGAAUCCAACAAUGUGAUCACUUUCAAUGGCUUGGUCAACAGCUCUAGUUAUCACACCUUCCUCCUGGAUGAGGAACGGAGCAGGCUGUAUGUUGGAGCAAAGGACCACAUAUUCUCAUUCAACCUGGUUAAUAUCAAGGAUUUUCAAAAGAUUGUGUGGCCUGUAUCUUAUACCAGAAGGGAUGAGUGCAAGUGGGCUGGAAAAGAUAUUCUGAGAGAAUGUGCUAAUUUCAUCAAGGUGCUUAAGGCUUACAAUCAAACUCAUUUGUACGCCUGUGGAACGGGGGCUUUUCAUCCAAUUUGCACCUACAUCGAAAUUGGACAUCAUCCUGAGGACAAUAUUUUUAAGCUGGAAGAUUCACAUUUUGAAAACGGCCGUGGGAAAAGUCCAUAUGACCCUAAACUGCUGACAGCAUCUCUUUUAAUAGAUGGAGAAUUAUACUCUGGAACAGCAGCUGAUUUUAUGGGGCGAGACUUUGCUAUCUUCCGUACUCUUGGGCACCACCACCCCAUCAGGACAGAGCAGCAUGAUUCCAGGUGGCUCAAUGAUCCGAGGUUCAUUAGUGCUCACCUCAUCCCAGAGAGUGACAACCCUGAAGAUGACAAAGUAUAUUUUUUCUUCCGGGAAAAUGCGAUAGAUGGAGAGCACACUGGAAAAGCCACUCAUGCUAGAAUAGGUCAGAUAUGCAAGAAUGACUUCGGGGGGCACAGAAGUCUGGUGAAUAAAUGGACGACAUUCCUCAAAGCCCGUCUGAUUUGCUCAGUGCCAGGUCCAAAUGGCAUAGACACUCAUUUUGAUGAAUUGCAGGAUAUAUUCCUAAUGAAUUCUAAAGAUCCUAAAAAUCCAAUUGUAUACGGAGUGUUUACAACUUCCAGUAACAUCUUUAAGGGGUCAGCUGUGUGUAUGUACAGCAUGAGUGAUGUGAGAAGGGUGUUUCUUGGUCCAUAUGCUCACAGGGAUGGUCCCAACUACCAGUGGGUGCCUUAUCAAGGAAGAGUCCCCUACCCACGACCAGGAACUUGUCCCAGCAAAACAUUUGGUGGAUUUGACUCUACCAAAGACCUUCCUGAUGAUGUUAUAACAUUUGCAAGAAGUCAUCCAGCCAUGUACAAUCCAGUGUUUCCUAUUAAUAACCGCCCGAUAAUGAUCAAAACAGAUGUAAGCUAUCAGUUUACCCAAAUUGUAGUGGAUCGAGUGGAUGCAGAAGAUGGCCAGUAUGAUGUCAUGUUUAUUGGAACAGAUGUUGGAACCGUUCUCAAAGUAGUUUCAAUUCCUAAAGAGACUUGGCAUGAUUUAGAAGAAGUUCUGCUGGAAGAAAUGACAGUUUUUCGGGAACCAACUACUAUUUCAGCAAUGGAGCUUUCCACUAAACAGCAACAGCUCUAUAUUGGUUCCGUGGUGGGGGUGGCCCAGCUGCCUCUGCACCGAUGCGACGUUUACGGGAAAGCCUGCGCCGAGUGCUGCCUAGCCCGAGACCCCUACUGCGCCUGGGACGGCUCUUCCUGCUCUCGCUACUUUCCUACUGCAAAGAGACGCACAAGACGACAAGAUAUAAGAAAUGGAGACCCACUAACUCACUGUUCAGACUUACAACACCAUGAUAAUCACCAUGGCCACAGCCUUGAAGAAAGAAUCAUCUACGGAGUAGAAAAUAGUAGCACGUUCCUGGAAUGCAGCCCAAAAUCACAGCGAGCUCUGGUCUACUGGCAAUUCCAGAGACGAAACGAAGAGCGCAAAGAAGAGAUUAGAGUGGAUGACCAUAUCAUCAGGACGGAACAAGGACUUCUACUGCGUAGUCUUCAGCGGAAGGAUUCGGGCAAUUACCUGUGUCAUGCCGUGGAACAUGGAUUCAUUCAAACUCUUCUUAAAGUAACCCUGGAAGUCAUUGACACAGAGCAUUUGGAAGAACUUCUUCAUAAAGAUGAUGAUGGAGAUGGCUCUAAGACCAAAGAAAUAUCCAACAGCAUGACACCUAGCCAGAAGGUCUGGUACAGAGACUUCAUGCAGCUCAUUAACCACCCCAACCUGAACACAAUGGAUGAGUUCUGUGAACAAGUGUGGAAAAGGGACAGGAAACAACGUCGGCAAAGGCCAGGACAUAACCAAGGGAACAGUAACAAAUGGAAGCACUUACAGGAAAAUAAGAAAGGUAGAAACAGGAGGACCCAUGAAUUUGAGAGGGCACCUAGGAGUGUCUGAGCUGUAUUACCUCUAGAAACCUCAAACAAGUAGAAACUCUCCUGAGACAGUAACUGGAAAAAAUGCAAUAUGCGUGAACUUUUUUCCAUGGCAUUAUGUGGAUGUUUACAACGGUGGGAAAUGCAACUGAGUUCCACCAAUUAUAAAUUAAGUCCAUGAGUAACUUUCCUAACAGGCUUUCUUUCUAAUACCAACGCGGAAUAGAGGUCCGGUGAGUGCAGAUGUUCUCUUGAGCAGACUUAAUGUUUCCUAUGGGAUUUCACUGUACAGGUUUCGCUUUCCCCUUUGCCUGAGAAACAAAAAUGUCAUUUGCCAUAUUGCCAUCUGAAGAAGAAAAACUGCAUCAGCAAAGCCAUUUUAUUGAACUAAAACUUUAAAAUAAACUGCAUGGAAUUACUAAGCUGAUGAAUAUUCCAAAAUGUGGUUGGAUCCAAGGAUAUUUUUCUGUCUACCAGCGCUUGUGUUUAUAUAUGUAUGGGAGGAGUAAAAUGAUAAUGAAAUGGUCUAUAGAAAUAUGAAAAACAUAAACCAUCCAUCAUCCAGAAAACAAAUGGAAUUCACUGAUCUACUACUGAUGUCUUCUUUCAGCUUUGAUCUAAAGAUGUAUUUUAUUAAAACUAUAAUUUAAAUGUACCAUGACAAAUAUGCAGUAAAAUUUAGCUCUUUUCUAAGCUAGAGUAGGUUUUGAUCUUACAAUUAUUGUGCUAUAUAGUUUUUGUUUUAAAAAUUCCAAUUCUGUGCUGCUUUGCCCCCAACCUUUUGUUUUCAGUUGUGCAAGAGGGAUAGCCAAUACUGUCUUAGAAAUAUAUAUAUACAUCAUUGCAGUUAAUUCAUAAAGCCUGGAUAUAAAUUAUGUUUUAUUGCUCUGAGGGUUUCAAAGAAAUAACACCUCCCUUUCUUUAAGUAUUGUCUAAGUUGAUUUUAACAUCCAUGUGUUUUUAGAAAAACAGCAGUUAACCCUCUCAAAAAGGGAAGAAACAAAUUGAUUUGUUAAAUGCA